GAGAAAGUAGUUUAACUUUGGAUACGCUUAAGAGAAUAUGUUUAUGUUAACAAAUAGACUAAUAAAAUAUAAGUGUACUAAUUUAUGUACAAAAUUACUAAUAAGUAAUUUGAAUACAAAUAAUCAAAAUAGACAAAUUGAUCAAAUCAUUACUCGAUCAAAACAUACAAAACGUAUUUGCAUAGUCGGUGCUGGAGCUGCCGGUUUUUAUUCGGCGCAGUAUAUUUUAAAGCAAUUGGAUAAUUGUGUCGUGGAUAUAAUAGAAAAAUUACCAAUACCAUUUGGUUUAGUGCGUUACGGCGUUGCCCCCGAUCAUCCAGAAGUAAAAAAUGUGAUAAACACGUUCACCAAAACCGCAACUCACGAUCGUUUUCGUUACUUUGGGAAUGUAGCACUGGGAAAAGACGUAACUCUAGAGGAGUUACGUGAAAAUUAUCAUGCAGUGCUCUUAACUUAUGGAGCAGAUGAGGAUCGUUUCCUAAACAUACCUAAUGAAGAUCAAUCAAAUGUUAUAUCAGCACGUAAAUUUGUUGCAUGGUAUAAUGGUUUACCAGGAGCGGAAAAUUUAAAUCCGGAUUUAAGUGGACAAGAUGUUACCAUUGUGGGACAAGGCAAUGUGGCCGUAGACGUAGCACGCAUGUUGUUAAGUCCUAUCGAUGUCUUAAAAGAAACUGAUACAACCGAUUACGCUUUAGAAGCGCUGUCACGCAGUAAAGUUGAACGUGUUUACUUGGUAGGUAGACGUGGACCCUUACAGGCGGCAUUUACUAUAAAAGAGUUGCGUGAGAUGCUGAAAUUGCCAAAUGUGCAAACAAUUUGGAGAUCAAAUGAUUUCAAUGAUGUAACUUCACAACUUCCCAAUUUGCAAAGACCACGAAAGCGUCUUACCGAGCUUAUGCUUAAAAGUUUAAGUGAACAAAGCGCUACACCGGUGAAAGGCCACAAGCAAUUCUUACCCAUUUUUUGGCGUGCUCCAAAGAAUAUAAUUGACAAGGAAAUAGAAUUUUAUGUCACGAAAUUGCAGGAUAAUGCCGCAGUAGCGACAAGCGAUACAGAACGUUUUCCUGCUGAUUUGGUGCUACGUAGUAUCGGUUAUAAAUCCAUUUGCGUAGAUAAUAGUAUAUGCUUUGAUGAUAGUCGUGGUCAUGUUUAUAAUGAAAAUGGUCGCGUUUAUAAGAAUUCGAAAGAGAAAUCGAUUGAUAAAGGACUUUAUGUUGCCGGUUGGUUGGGCACUGGCCCUACUGGUGUCAUUUUAACAACUAUGAAUGGUGCUUUUUCUGUUGCCAAAACUAUUUGUGAUGACAUUUCAAGCAAUAAGAUUGACACCAAUACAGCCAAAAAUGGUAUUGCUAUAAGCGAUAAACCAGUGGUCACUUGGGACGGCUGGGCGCGAAUAGAUAAAUAUGAAACUGAAGCAGGAAAAGCGAAAGGAAAACCUAGAGAAAAAAUUAUUGAUGUAAAAGCAAUGUUAGAAAUUGCAGGAAUAUAGUUUUUUGUAUUUAUUUUUUAUUAUUUAAUAAUUUAAUUUUCCAUAGGUAAAUUUUUUGUGUUGUUUAAUGGUAGCUUAAUAAAUUAAAUAUUUUGAUAAAGUAUUAAAUUAAUUAUUU